CCGGGUCAUCUGGCGCUGGAUCGUCUGGCUUGACAGCGGGCAUCGGGUCACCAGGCAUGACCGCGGGCACUGGGUCAUCAGGCAUUGGAUCAUCUGGCUCGACAGCGGGCAUCGGGUCACCAGGCAUGACAGCGGGCACUGGGCACUGGGUCAUCAGGCAUUGGAUUGUCUGGCUCGACAGUGGGCAUCGGGUCACCAGGCAUGACAACAGGCACUGGGUCAUCAGGUACCGGAUCGUCUGGAUCGACAGCGGGCACCGGGUCAUCUGGCGCUGGAUCGUCUGGCUCGACAGCGGGCAUCGGGUCACCAGGCAUGACAGCGGGCACUGGGUCAUCAGGCAUUGGAUCGUCUGGCUCGACAGCGGGCAUCGAGUCACCAGGUAUGACCGCGGGCACUGGGUCAUCAGGCAUUGGAUCGUCUGGCACGACAGUGGGCAUCGGGUCAACAGGCAUGACAGUGGGCACCAGGUCAUCAGGUACCGGAUCGUCUGGCUCGACAGCGGGCACUGGGUCAUCAGGCGUGAUAGGAUCAUCAGGCUGGAUCAGCUGGGUACAGACAUCAGGCUGAAGUGCGGGUGCCGAGGCACCAGGCUGAACCACGGAAGGCAGGUUCUCUGGUUUGGAUACUGGCAG